GGAACGUCUUUCCAGCAAGCUGGCCUGGCAUCUUCCAGCUGUGGGCACAGAAUCUGACGGAGUGAGACUGGGAAAGCCUCGAGCAACAGGAUGAAGAGGUACCAAGAACAUCAUCUGCAGCAGCCCGUCACUCCAGACCUUUUGAUGACCCCUAGUGAUCGUGAUGAUGCAGAACUGGACAUGGAAUACCCAGUCGAACGAGGAAAUUGGUCGGGAAAGUUAGAUUUUCUCCUGUCUUGCAUUGGAUACUGUGUUGGUUUGGGCAAUGUCUGGAGGUUCCCAUAUAGAGCUUAUACCAAUGGAGGAGGGGCAUUUCUAAUUCCAUACUUCAUCAUGUUGGCCAUUUGUGGAAUCCCUCUCUUCUUCAUGGAAUUGUCUUUAGGCCAGUUUUCCAGUCUGGGACCCCUGGCUGUGUGGAAAAUAAGUCCACUUUUCAAAGGUGUUGGCAUGGGCAUGCUGCUAAUUGUUGCCCUGGUGGCCAUCUACUACAACAUGAUAAUAGCCUACGUUUUAUUCUACCUCUUCGCCUCCCUGACUAGCAGUCUGCCCUGGGAGCACUGUGGCAACUGGUGGAACACUGAGCUCUGCCUGGACCACCAUGUCAUCCAGGCCAGCAACUCUGCGAUGCCAAUCAACAUCAGCAGCACAGUCAGCCCCAGUGAAGAGUACUGGAGUCGCUACGUUCUUCACAUACAAGGGAGUUCUGGAAUUGGGGAUCCAGGACAAAUUCGAUGGAACCUGUGUCUGUGUCUUCUUCUGGCCUGGACCAUUGUGUACCUAUGCAUUCUUAAGGGAGUGAAGUCUUCAGGCAAGGUGGUCUAUUUCACAGCAACAUUCCCAUACUUAAUUCUCAUAAUGCUAUUGAUACGUGGUGUGACACUGGAUGGAGCAUGGAUUGGAAUCAAAUUCUACCUCACACCACAGUUUGACCACUUGUUGUCUUCAAAGGUGUGGAUAGAAGCAGCGUUGCAGAUCUUUUACUCCCUCGGGGUCGGGUUUGGAGGACUUCUCACAUUUGCAUCCUACAAUACUUUUCAUCAAAAUAUAUACAGGGACACUUUUAUUGUCACGCUAGGGAAUGCCUUCACCAGCAUUCUUGCAGGAUUUGCUAUCUUCUCCGUCCUGGGUUAUAUGUCCAAGGAGUUAGGUGUUCCAGUAGAUCAAGUGGCUAAAGCAGGUCCUGGUCUGGCCUUUGUUGUAUACCCACAAGCAAUGACAAUGCUUCCACUAUCACCAUUUUGGUCAUUCCUCUUUUUCUUUAUGCUUCUGACCCUCGGAUUAGACAGCCAGUUUGCAUUCAUGGAAACAAUAGUGACGGCCAUAACAGAUGAAUUUCCCUACUACCUCAGACCAAAGAAAGCAGUUUUUUCUCUUAUUAUAUGCAUGGUUUUAUUUCUUCUGGGCCUGAUCCUUACAACUGAUGGUGGAAUGUACUGGUUGGUCUUAUUGGAUGACUAUAGCGCAGGGUUUGGUCUACUGGUGUUAGUCAUCACAUUCUGCCUUGCAGUUUCAAGAGUUUAUGGAAUCAAGAAUUUCUGCAGGGAUAUACAAAUGAUGCUGGGAUUUAAGCCAGGAAUAUAUUUUAAAGCAUGUUGGGCCUUUCUAUCACCAGUCACCUUAAUUGGUCUGCUGGCAUAUAGUAUUAUAAAAUACCAGCCAUCCCAGUACGGAAGCUAUCAAUUCCCCCUCUGGUCAGAGGCUUUAGGAAUCCUCAUGGGGCUUCUUUCAUGCAUGAUGAUCCCCAUUGGCAUGCUGGUUGCCAUAUUAAAAGAAGAAGGAACCUUAUGGGAAAGAAUACGGCAGGCUAGUAGACCAGCUAUGGAUUGGGGUCCAUCACUCGAAGAAAAUAGGACAGGCAUGUACGUUAACACUCUGGCAGGUAGCCAGUCUCCAAAGCCUUUGAUGGUCCAUAUGCGGAAAUAUGGAGGUAUCACAAGUUAUGAAAAUACAGCCAUUGAAGUGGACAAAGAAAUUGAGGAGGAGUCCAUAAUAUGA